AUGGAAGCUGAAGAAUCAUCAUCAUUGCUGCUACUCAAAGAUGAGAAGGAGGAUCUGGAGGAGGGUCCAAUUGAAAACACAGAUGACAACUCUUCGUUUGCAGACUCAUUCUUAGAAGUCAAGGCAGAACCUGAAUUUUUUUACUAUGGUGAUUUUGAUGUGAACUGUUCAACCCAAUCUACUAUUAAGUGUGAAAAGGACAGCUCUCCAAGCUGUGAUGAUGAGAGUGGAAAGGAAAAGAUCUGUAUUGGAGAAGAAAAUAGACUUUUGGGUAGAAGCAACACAGCAAGGAAGCGAUUCACUUGUACUGAAUGCCAAAGGACAUUUUCAAAAAUUGGCGUGCUGAAAUCCCACAUAAGAACUCAUAUGGGAGAGAAACCAUAUACUUGCUCUGUAUGUCAAAGAUGUUUUUGUGGUUCAAGUGGUUUCAUAUAUCACAUGAGAACUCAUACGGGAGAGAAACCAUAUACUUGCUCUUUAUGUCAAAAAAGGUUUCUGGUUCAAUACUCUCACAAACACAUGAGAACUCAUACGGGAGAGAAACCAUAUACUUGCUCUGUAUGUCAAAAAAGUUUUUCUGACUCAAGUCAUCUCAAAAGACACAUGAAAACUCAUACCUGA